GCAUUAAUGAGUCCCUCAAGAAUAAUAACACUCUCCCCUUUACUCCUUAGAAAUCUAAUCUAAAAUGGCAUUCUCCAAAGCCAUAAUUGCUUCUCUCCUUCUUUCUCUCUUUGUUCUUCAACUUGCUCAUGCCUUGGAAUCUGAGACUACCUCAUAUCAAUUGGAAAACAACACUGGAAAUGUGUCUGAAAUUAAAAUCGAUUGUGGAGCAGCAUGUGCGGUGAGGUGCAGUGAAACAAAGAGGCCAAAUCUGUGCAAAAGGGCUUGUGGAAGUUGCUGCAACAAGUGCAACUGCGUCCCACCAGGCACCUCCGGUAACUACGAAGCCUGCCCUUGCUAUGCCGGGUUGACUACCCACGGCUCCAGGAAAAAGCACGGUCCAAUUCUAACAGCUAGUGCUAUAUUAGAUUGGCCAAGUAUGAGAGGAUGAUUAAUGAUGCAUGAUCAUAUAUCUGAAUUUGAAGGUAUACUUCUUGAUUCUUAUGGGUUUCAUGUUUAUUGUACUUCUAUUAUUUUGUAUAAUUAUGGAGAAUAAUGUUUGGUGUUCUAC